UGUAUAUACAUACAUAUAUACAUAUAUAUCGAGAGAAUGAAUGUGAAUUCAACAACCCAAAAUUUUCCUAAUGCCUAAAUCACAACUCUUACAUUUCCUCCAUGUGUUAGCCUUCAAUGUGUUCGCCAUUGCUGCCGUUAUCGCCACCGUUACUGCCGCCACUGUAACGCUACAACUCAAGGAAGCCCCGCAAUUCUAUAAUUCUCCGGAUUGCCCUUCAAUAACUAAUAUCGAAGACGACCCGAACGGUGAAUCUUCCAUUUUCUGCUCGGACCAAGCUGUUCAUGUGGCGGUCACCCUUGACUCGGCUUACAUUCGUGGCUCGAUGGCCGUGAUCCUUUCGGUCCUUCAACACUCCUCUUGCCCUCAGAACAUUGUCUUCCACUUUGUCACCUCCGCUGCCGCGAACGUGUCGUUCCUACAUGCAACCAUCUCUUCCUCCUUCCCUUACCUAAACUUUCAAAUCUACCCUUUCGACGACGCCUCCGUUUCACGCCUUAUCUCUACGUCAAUUCGUUCGGCUUUAGACUGUCCUUUGAAUUACGCUCGAAGCUACUUAGCUAACCUUCUCCCUUUAUGUGUCACCCGAGUCGUGUACCUCGACUCGGACUUAAUCCUUGUCGACGACAUAGCUAAACUCGCCGCGACACCACUCGGAGACAACUCGGUGUUAGCCGCACCACAAUAUUGCAAUGCAAACUUCACUUCUUACUUCACCACGACAUUCUGGUCGAACCCUUCGUUAUCUUUAACGUUCGCGAACCGUAAACCAUGCUAUUUUAACACCGGUGUAAUGGUAAUGGACCUCGAUCGAUGGAGAAACGGAGAUUACACAACGAAAAUCGAAGAAUGGAUGGAAAUUCAAAAGCAGAUGAGGAUCUAUGAAUUGGGUUCGUUGCCACCAUUUUUAUUGGUUUUUGCCGGGAACAUAGUGCCGGUCGAUCAUCGGUGGAACCAACAUGGCCUCGGCGGAGACAAUUUCCGAGGCUUAUGUCGGAAUUUACAUCCCGGUCCGGUUAGUCUUUUACAUUGGAGUGGUAAAGGGAAGCCAUGGGCAAGGCUUGAUGCUAAUAGGCCUUGUCCUUUGGAUGCUUUAUGGGCGCCUUAUGAUCUUUUGCAAACUCCAUUUGUAUUGGAUUCUUGAUGGGAAUUGAACACUUGUUUUGUUGCUGAGAAAGUGAAAGAAUCGGCGAGAAACGGUGUAGGAGCUCCGGCCCGGAGAUUUAAGUUGUUUAUUGUAAAAUAUACAGUGCAUAUUAUAUAUAUGAUGUUUCAUCUAUUGUAUGUACGAUAAUUGGAAUCAAAAUCUGUAUAGCAAAAGAGCUGGGUUUUUUUGGGUGAGCUGUAAUUUUCAUGUAUUUUUGUUGAAUAAAAAUAAAUUCCCAAUAGAUUUUUUUUUUUGUAAA